AUGUCUCAUUGCAGCAUGGCAAGCCGAAGCAAGCUCAUGAUUGCAAUGUUUGGAGGUGAGAUCUCCAGCUCUAGUGGCGACGAGGGGACGGCGUGGAAGAGGCGGCCAAAGGAGUCCACACCACCACUCAGGGAGCGGAAGGCGAGCUUCCUCGCCCAGCUCCCCCCACCAUCACCCAGGGGACGUCGGAGCAAGAGGAAGCCCCCCGAAGGAUACGCCGCCAAGGCUUCCCCCGCGCCCCUUUCCACGCCCCCCGCCCCACCACCGCCCGCACCACCUUGCGCCGCGCCACUCAGGCCCCUCGCGGCCAUUACGCCGCGACCGAUCGCGCCACCGACCGCGCCGCUGACACCACCAACCGCGCCGCCGAUCGCGUCGCCCCCGACGCCAUCGACCACACCGCCGCCAGCGCCGCCAACCGCGCCACCGGGGUACGGGUACCGAACCGCCCGGCCUCCCCCACUCCAACCGGAACAGGCCUGUCCCGUACCGAUAGUAGGGUAUACCCCCCCCCUUGGUACGGGUGGCACUGCCGAACGGGAGGGUGGUGGAGGUCUUCUUCCGGAUUGCCGUGCGGCAACGGAAAUACCGGGUGACUGA